CAACACAACCUUCUCCACUUGUCAAACAUAUCACGCAACUAUCUUCUCUUUUACAUAAACACAAACACAUUUUCUUUCAAAUGUUGUCUGCAAAAGCCACUUGUAACUCUCAUGGCCAAGAUUCAUCGUACUUUCUUGGUUGGGAAGAGUACGAGAAGAAUCCGUAUCACCCGGUUAAUAAUCCAAAUGGUAUGAUCCAGAUGGGUCUUGCUGAGAACCAACUGUCGUUUGAUCUUCUUGAAUCUUGGCUUAAUAAUAACCCGGAUUCGUCGGGUUUCACAGCUCAAAGUGUUUCUAGUUUCAAAGAACUUGCACUGUUUCAGGAUUAUCAUGGUCUUCCUGCUUUUAAGAACGCAUUAGCUGAUUUCAUGUCGGAGAUUAGAGAUAAUAAAGUAACGUUUAAUCCAAACAAUCUUGUACUCACAGCUGGUGCAACCUCGGCCAAUGAAACUCUAAUGUUUUGCGUUGCAGAUCCAGGCGACGCGUUCCUCAUUCCGACGCCAUAUUAUCCAGGGUUUGAUAGAGAUCUCAAGUGGCGAACGGGGGCCGAGAUAGUACCAAUCCACUGCUCGAGCUCAAAUGGUUUCCGAAUCACACAAUCGGCCCUCGAGGAUGCAUAUCAACAAGCCCAAAAGCAGAACCUUAAAGUCAAAGGUGUUUUAGUCACCAACCCUUCGAACCCGUUGGGCACGUCACUGAGCUUGCAUGAGCUUGAGCUUCUAGUCUCUUUUAUCUCCUCAAAGAAACUUCAUCUCAUUAGUGACGAAAUCUACUCCGGCACCGUUUUUAGCUCUCCAGGCUUCAUAAGUAUCAUGGAGGUCCUUAAGAACAAGGAUCUUUUGAACACUGAUGUUGCAAAACAAGUUCACAUUGUUUAUAGCCUUUCUAAAGAUCUUGGUUUGCCCGGUUUUCGAAUUGGAGCAAUUUACUCCAACGAUGACGUUGUGGUAUCGGCCGCAACAAAGAUGUCAAGCUUCGGGCUAAUUUCGUCGCAAACUCAAUACUUACUAUCUCAAAUUCUAUCUGAUAAAAAGUUUACGAAAAACUAUCUAACCGAGAAUCGAAAAAGGUUGAAACAAAGGCACGACAUGCUCGAAAAGGCGCUACAUAAAACAGGAAUCAGUUGCCUGAAGGGCAACGCGGGUUUAUUUAGUUGGGUGGAUAUGAGAUGUUUAUUAAGUUCACAAACUUUUGAAGGGGAAAUGGAGUUAUGGAAGAAGAUAGUGUAUGAUGUAGGAUUGAACAUAUCACCCGGUUCAUCUUGUCAUUGUAGUGAACCGGGUUGGUUUAGGGUUUGCUUUGCAAACAUGUCUAAAGAGACCCUAGUUUUAGCCAUGCAACGUUUGAGUUCGUUUGUAGACUCAUCCGUCAAGAAAACCAAUCAUAACCAUUGGCGUCGUCACGUAAACAAAAGUUCAAGAAAAUCAAAGUCGCUACCCAAGUGGGUUUUUUCGCUGUCGUUCGCCACCACGAGGUCGGGGAAGAACAGUGAUCGGUAGUCAAGAGUGACGAUCAGUUGAUGAGAAAAAAAUAAUGUGUGGUUUCUCUUAUUUUUUUUGUAAUUGGUUCUAUUUUUUUCUCAGUAUAUAUAUUAUGUACUGAGUUACUAUUUAUUUAUUUAUUUUGUCUUUCAUGCAUAGAACAGCACCCAAAUGAUCAGGCAUACCAAAACUAGAAGAUGCGUCGAUCUUUCUUUUUACAAACCCAUUUGUGGUCUGCUGUACAAUACAUCAUUAGUGACGUUUACUAUA